CAGCUGAUCGCAGAUUCCUGAACGUAGCCGUUACAGUUGCUACGUCCAAAGCGCUUCAGGUUACAGCACGCGGACAGGCAGCUCGGACUCGCGCCCGCGGAUACGGGGACAGAGCACGGGCGCGCACAAUAUGGCAUCAUGGGAACGGUAGUCCGCAUUCGAGUCAAAGUGAUGCGUCGACUUCAUUGACACACUACAAUACCCAGAGGGCUAGUUGCCGCCAUACGUCAACUGCAAUUACGGUUGUAUCUCCAACAUGGCGUCGUUGGGAAGGAGGCGCGGUGUCCCAGUAAGCAGGGAGAGGGGUGUGAUGGCGGCGACAGACUGCUACAUCGUGCACGAGAUCUACAAUGGGGAGAAUGCACAGGACCAGUUUGAAUAUGAGCUGGAGCAGGCACUGGAGGCCCAGUAUAAAUACAUUGUUAUUGAGCCCACACGCAUCGGAGAUGAGACGGCCCGUUGGAUUACAGUGGGCAACUGCCUGCACAAGACGGCUGUGUUGUCAGGUGCUGCUUGCCUCUUGACGCCUCUUUCACUGCCCGCUGAAUACUCGCGCUAUGUGGCGUUGCCCGCUGGCGCUCUCAGUGUGGCCUGUGCUGCCCUCUACGGGAUUUCGUGGCAGUUUGACCCCUGCUGCAAGUACCAGGUGGAAUAUGACAGCCAAAAACUCUCGCGGCUGCCCCUGCAUACACUCACCUCCUCGACGCCCGUGGUAUUGGUACGCAGGGAUGACAUCCACAGAAAGAGACUCCAUAAUACGAUAGCACUGGCUGCCCUGGCGUAUUGCGCCAAGAAGAUCUACGAACUCUAUGCUGUAUGAGUGCACUCUGAAGAGGGUUUAAGAACCAACAGAAAAAGGAAAAAACAAACAAAAAAACAGAACCCAUCCACCCCCAGAUGUAAGAAAAGUGGAAGUCACGAUCAGGCCCAGCAGUUAGCUCCACACAUGUGGUGGGUGCUUCCAUUUUGAACUUUGAUCAGAGGGAUAUAGUUAAAACUAGAAGGAAUUGUUUUUUCCCUUACAUUUCCUUUACUUCUAUGUGACGACAACAGCACAUUUAUCUCUGUAGUACCCUUACGCCUCCUCACUUGUGCCCUCCACCUGCAUCCUUGACACACAACAAGCUAGUGCACAAGGGUACGGCAGCAGUUCCUCUGGACUGAAUCGUAUUGCAGUUGAGAUGGACAGACGUGUUUUGAGUACCAAGCUCUUUCCCCUUUCCCUCGUAGUUUUACUGUACCCCUUUCUUGCUGAUCAGUACAUCACCCUUUCAUUAAACAUUAGGAUAUUUCAAACUCUCUUUUCUGUAUUUUAUUUUACUUUUUUCAUUAAAUAUAUUCUAUAUGAUGUCCAGAAAGGAGCAAACAGCUGAAACUUAUUUGAGAUUGUGUCUUGUUCAUGUAGAUUUUCUUGUUUGAAAGAGUGCAACUAAGAUCUCGUGUGACAAUGAUGUGGCUCAAUGUCCUCGUUUGAGGAAAAUAUACUAACUUUUGGAAAGUCACAUUUCACACACGCUUCUAAUGUAUAUUACAUUAACAUCAAGCCAAACCCUUAUAAUGGAAAUUUAAAAAUAGAAACUAUUUUAAACUACAGAUAAGUAUUACACAGCAGAUUCUAAAUUCAUACUUUAUUGAUUUUGUUUAUCCAGUGGUGCUUGUUAUGAGAUGCUGUCUAGAUCAGCAGUUUUAAAACUUUGGGUGCAGGGGGAGGAAAUACUGAUAAUGAGAUGACCAAAAAUGAACAUGGAUGAAGUGAGCAAUGAGUUGUGAUAUAACAAGAGACUUGCAACAAUUGAAGAAUAAAGUGGAAUUUAGAUGUGAA